UCGGAGGAUGGUCUGGAUGCUGAUGGACAGUUACGUGAAACUGUGGAGAUUGAUGUUGAAAACAAUCCGAUAUUUGAAGAUGAAGACACCCGAUUGUUCUACGAAAGUCUGCCGGACAUCAAGGCGAUGGUGCCAGGGAUCCUCUACAAGGAGAGCGAACAGUCGGUUUCGAGACCCGCCACUGAACCACAGCCGUCUGAACCUGCUGAAAAAACUCUGCCAACCGAAGGUACGCGUAUUUUGAUUGGUUUACAGGAAACGAAACUCCCCCUCUCUCUCCUGUCAAUAUUCCUUGAUUUCCGUAAUACCUAA